CCAGACGCGAUCGCUGCAAAAAGACCUGGCCGCGCUACCGUCAGCCCGCUGAGCCACCAGGUACCCUGCUCUGUUGCAUCACGAGCUGUUGCAGUUCGCUGUACAAACAGAAGAAGCAGCUCAAGUGUCCAAACGCGCAAACACGUCCAAGCACGCCCGUACACAAGACAGACAUCACCAGCUGCAUGCUUCAACGGCCCUCUGCUUGUUUCACAGCCCGUUUGCCCCCUUUUCCGCGUCUACAUCCCAUCCAAGUAUUGACACCAAAUGCUUUGCUAAUGACCCCCCGGCCCCCAAAGUAACAUACCAGACCACCCGUUGUACCACACCUCGCCUUCUUCUUCGCCGGACCCUUGAGCCCAAACCUCCACACAACAUGAAUGCCACUAAGCGCAAAUUCAACGCUCUCCUCCAGGGCCUGAAUUCUCCUCGUCCCUCCUCGCCCGAUCAUAGCUCAUCGACAUCCGUUCUCGCCUCCUCUCUUAAGCGUCACAAGACGAGCAGUACUACCACAACGAUGGAGAAUCCCCUGCUGCCUGCAAAAGCGCCCAUCGGUCAGGCUCUGCUACGCAAACGAGUCUCCCACGUCUCCCUCGGCACCCAGAACCAGGCUGCCGCCAAAUACUGUCCUAGCGAUCGAGAACAGCUGCUACGUCGGCUUGCCACAUUUCAAGAAAUUACAGACUGGACGCCAAAGCCCGACCGCGUCAACGAGGUCGAGUGGGCGAAGCGCGGGUGGGUGUGCCAGGGCAAGGAACGCGUUCGCUGUGUCCUUUGCCACAAGGAGCUUGUUGUCAAGCUCAACCGAAAAGAACAAGAUGGAAAGGAAGUUACCGUGCUGGUUGCGUCAGAAAUUGAAGAUGCCAUGGUCGACAAGUACGUAGAGCUCAUGACGACAGAGCAUCAGAUGGAAUGCCUGUGGCGAAAACGGGGAUGUGAAGAUUCUAUACUACGAGUAUCCUUUGCCAACGCCAGUAUAACCCUCGAGGGCCUACGACAACGAUACGACGACCUGUGCUCCCGACACACCUUUCUCCCUUACGAAUUCAACCUCCGACUACCCGACGAUUUUGUGCUAGACGACGUUAUCGCCCUCUUGCCAACGGCCUUCUUCACACAUCCCCCGCCGAUAGAAAUCCCCGGGAGGACAGCUGCUGAUGGCCCCAACCGCACGGCUCUAGCACUCGCACUGCUUGGCUGGCAGGGCCUGACGAAUCCACGAAUUGGCCCUGUCCCAAACACGGCGUCAUGUAAUACAUGUCUGAGGAGAUUGGGCCUCUGGAUGUUCAAGAGCAAAGAAGUCGAUGCCGAUGGCAAGGUUCUUGUGGCAGCACCCAUGGACUAUCUGGACCCGAUUCGCGAGCACCGCUUCUUUUGCCCGUGGAAGAAUGCCGAUACCCAGGUUCGCGGAGACCAGAGCAGCAAAGACGACCUCCAACCUGCUUGGAAGCUGCUUGUCCAAAUGAUUAAGAACGAGCACGACCUCCGCGACUUUUACGAAAGCCGCGCCAGAAAGACUACUACUGGCACCGUGGCCGAGCAGCCUCGCCCACAAACACCAGCCCCAGAUGUGGAUCAGUUUUCUGAAGUGUCUGAAAUUCCACAGCUGGUUGUCAACGCCACACCGGGUGAUGAGGAUGACGCUCAACGUGAUGCCAAAGACAAGGAGCGCUGGGCGCGACUACGCAAAGUUAAGAGCUUGUUCGACACAAAGGGUUCUAAGAGAUUACGGAAGCAAGUUAGCCGUCCGACAUCAGUCUUGUCUGCGGCGUCCAAAACGGACAACUAAAAAUGGCAUCGUGCCUCUUAUAUAUAAUACAUGUACUAUACAAUUCCCUUUGAAAAGUAGCGUUUACUCUAGAAUACAAAACCUAUCCAUGGCACACCAAGCCAUCUAUUUCUUCCACUGCAAAUCAUCAAAUGAUACAAUCUUUCCUUCGUAAGACUUAUUUUGAGGCUCCUCUGGCGUCUUUGCCCUCUUGACACCAAGAUCAAUACCUGCCAUUUCCAAUAUCGCUGCUCUCACACCACCCAUGCCACCACCAUUACCCAGCGUAUUCGAUGCGCCUCGCAUCCCCGCCGCUGUUAGAUACACAUCUGGCACCCAACCCGACCCCUCUGACCACUCAUAGUCAGACUGCACCUCGAGCGCUCGCAGCUCCUCCUGCAGCGCCCGCGCCAUGUCUGACCCAACGACCGACCAUCGGCCCUUUGCCUUGUCCACCUUUGUCAGGACAGCCAGUGUUCUCGUAUUUGUAUCUGCCAGCGUCUUGAGGAUCCAGCGGUCCGUAUCGAGCAGCUUCUUCUCCGAGGACAGCAGGACAAUCGCGCCCCGCAAGGCCUUGCGCGAUGCAAGGUACUCGACAAUAGACUUGCCCCAUGUAGCUUUACUCUUGAACCCGUAGCCUGGCGUGUCCAUGACAAUGAGAGGAUGCGUGGGCUUGUGUGUGCCUGGUGUUAGGUCCUUUUUGGGCGUGAUGGGCGCGGGGCCGACGCCGUAGGCGUUCAUGAGGGUGGUUUUGCCGGGCCGGGGGCCGACGCGCGCGGUGCCGGAGCGGGAGACGAGGGCGUUGAGGAAGGAUGAUUUGCCGACGUUGCUAGCGCCGAGGAGGACGACUUCGGGCGUGAGGGGGUUGUAGGGGUGGUCUUUGAGGGCGGCGGCGGAGUAGAGAAAGCGCGGGUUUUUGCGGAAGAAGGUCUCGAUGGGGGCGAGGGAGUCGAUGGUUUGGGAGGAGGGGGUGGCGUGGAGGUGGUGGGAGGCGUCGUAGAAGAUGUCGGAGUAGAGAGAGGGUGAUUUGAGAGUUUCUUCUGGUGAAGAUGAUGGUGAUGGUGAGGGUGAGGGUGAGGAGGGGGUUGGUGGCGAUGAAGGUUGAGGUGGUGGGGGGGCUGGCUUCAAAGAGCGAGGUGAGGGAGCCAUGGGUGAGCGUCUAGGGAGGUGGGUGAUGGCGCUUGUAGAGAAACAUUGUGAUAUCCCGCGACCCGGGAACAUCGGGGAGAGACGGCGCGCUGUGACCAUCGUAUAGGAGGUGGAUGCGCUGAGGGCGCGGGUUGAGCUUGUGAUGAAGAGGUUGUAAUUUAAAGUAGUGGCAUUUUUGGAAUUAAUGAGAGAAAAGAGCGAAUAGAGAGCGGAGGAGGCUUGAUGAGGGAGCGAUGGCUGCCGUGAUGGUGAUGUUGAAGCGUCGUUGAAGGGAUUAUGUAAGUUUUUGGUGGUGAUAAUUUUCAGUGGCUACGCCGUGCGUCAACCUCAGUCCUCCAACAUUGACUUAU